GUUGAAGCAAAUGGCAUUUAAAAAAGGGCAAGAGACCAUUGAUCUCAAACUUAAAGCAAUUGGAAUGGACAUUGUACAAAAAUGUUGUGGAGUGCCUCUUGCUAUCAAAACGAUAGGUAGAAUAUUAUACUUCAAAGAGACAGAGGAUGAAUGGUUAUAUAUCAAGGAUAAAGAACUUUUAGAUGUAACUCAAGGGGAAAAUGAUAGUGGUAUCUUAUCAAUUCUAAAAUUAAGUUACAAUCAUCUCCCUUUACAUUUAAAGUGUUGUUUUGCUUAUUGUUCAUUGUUUCCUAAAGAUCAUGAGAUUUCAAAGUUAACAUUGAUACAACUAUGGAUAGCACAAGGAUUUAUCCAAUCAUCAAACGAAAAGCUAAGGCUGGAGGAUGUUGCUAAUGAGUACUUUAUGGAUCUACUUUGGAGGUCUUUCUUCCAAAAGGCUAGAGAAGAUCGUUUUGGAAAUAUUGUUAGUUUUAAAAUGCAUGAUUUAAUCCAUGAUUUGGCACAAUCAAUCUCAAACAUUGAGUGCACGCUUGUUGAUUCCAAUGCAGAAAAUGUCAAUAAAAAUGUUCGUCAUCUAUCAAUUGCAUUUGAAAAUUUUUUUGAGAAGAAUUUAAGCUUGUUAUUCAAAGCAAAGAAGGUACGCACAUUUAUAUUGACAUUCACUUCCUGGAUAGAUCUAGAUAAGGAUCUCUAUGAAGAUCUAGGCAAGGAAGAAUUAGCUCAUCAAAAAUCAACUCUCAAAAUACUUUUUUCUAGUUUUGGAGGCUUGCGUGCAUUAGACCUACAUGGCUUAAGCAUUGUUGCGUUGCCACAUUCUAUAGACAAGUUGGUUUAUUUAAAGUACCUUGAUCUUUCCAAGAAUAAAAUUGAAGUUCUCCCUGGUUCUAUUAUUAGAUUGCUUAAUUUGCAAAUAUUAAAUCUUAGUGAUUGUUCUCGGCUUAAAGAACUACCUGAAAACAUUCAAAAAUUGGCCAACCUCAGGUGUCUUGAGAUAAAUGGUUGUCAUAGUUUGACUCACAUGCCACCUGGAUUAGGGCAAUUGACUUCUCUUCAAGUAUUACCAUUAUUUAUUAUGACCCAGGAACCUGAAGCUGAUUUCUUCUCCAAGUAUUGUAGUGGUCUAGCGAAACUACUCAUUAUGAACGAGAAACCUAGAGCUAAUUUCUUCUCCAAGCAUUGUGGUAGUCUAGCCGAAUUGAACAAGCUAAAUAACUUGAGAGGAGAACUAUGUAUCAUACUUAAUCUGGCGCGGGUGAAAAAUGCUGCCUCAAAAGCCAAGGCUGCGAAUUUGAAGGAUAAGCAACAUCUUAGAAGGUUGAAAUUACAAUGGGAUAGGCAGAAGGCUAAGAAGGGUAAGGAUGUCGAAGAUGUUCGUAAUGAUGAAAAUUUAAUGAAAGGCCUUCGGCCACACCCAAAUUUAAAAAAUUUGUACGUGGAAUGGUACAAGGGUGUGAGAUUUCCUAGUUGGCUUGCUUCAUUGACAAAUCUUGUUGAAUUAGAAAUAUCGAAUUCAAUGUGCAAUCAUCUACCACCAAUGUAUCAACUCCCGUGUCUCCGAGAUCUAUCCCUUAAAUAUAUGCCUAAACUAAAACACAUAGCAACCUCUUCGCAUUCCUUUUCUUCAUACCCCUCCCCUUCUCUCUCCAAAUUAAAGUCUCUGUAUUUGAUUGAGAUUCAGGACCUGGAGUUUCUGGCAGAGCAGUGGUUGCAAAACCUGGCUUCUCUCGAGAAUCUAACAAUUGAGGCAUGUGCUGGACUAAAAUCUCUGCCUCUGUCUCGAUCCAUACAACACCUCACCUCCCUCAAGUCGCUGGAAAUUAGGGGCUGCGAGGAGGUUGAUCUGUUCAGUGAUGAUGACAGACGAUUUGUUAGCGUUACCUCUUUGCAAACUCUCAAAAUUUCAGAUGUUCUGUGCUUGAUUACUUUACCGGUGUGGAUUGGUAACCUUACAUCACUUCAAGACCUUGAAAUUGAGGGAUGUCCCAACCUGAAAUCACUUCCUGAAGGGAUCGGCAAUCUCUCCUCCUUACAAUCCCUAAUAAUCAAUGGUUGGUGUCCGCUUCCGCUUAAAAGAAAGAUACCUAAACAGAGGCGAGGAUUGGCGUAAGAUUGCUCAUGUCCCAUAUUUUCAAAUCAGCAACUAAUAUGCUUCCGCUUCUUUGGGCAGAUUUUUUCAAAGCAGAAUUAAAACAACUGAAAGGUGGCCGAGGAAACAUGAAAGGAUGGCCUACAAUUGCUUACGUGGAUGAACCAAUUCUUCAAAUUCUCAGAUAUGAGACAAGGUCAGAAUUCUAAACCAGCUAGAGUUGGUGCUCCUUCAAAAAAAUCUGGAAAUUCAGAGUGCCACUUGCUUUGGGAAAAUAGUUUGGCAAGGAAGAACUGAAUGCCAAUGCUUUCUCGUUACAAUUUUCUAUUGAAGAGGUUUUUCAGAAUUUAGAAAAAGACGCAUUAUUCUGUACAAAUAGAAGGUGACAUUUCCUUAUUCCUUCAGUAUUUGAAAUCAAUCACCACUAAUUACUAGAGCAUCAGAGAAAAGCUUCAGUUUUUCUUUUCCCACAAAGGUACGCUCUGUUGAUCUGACUGCCUAAUACUAUAUAGUUGAAAUAUCUAAGUUUUUGCACUCACUGGAUCUG